AUGCCUUGUUAUGCUAACACUAUAGUAAAGAUUAAACAUGUCCACCAAAAGGAAAGUAAUAACCAAAUGAUGCCAGUAUGGGCAAUUAGAACAUAUCCUAUGGGUCGUGAUGAUAAUGAAAUUGAAUUGACUAUUUAUGUGCCUGUUGACUCUGCGGAACGUGAUCUGGAAACUCAAGCAAUCUUCAAAAGGGAAGAAUGUUACUCUGUUAGAGGAAAAAUUAUUCCAUCAUGCUAUACUGGAAUCACAAGAUCAAAUAUGACUGUAUCGACUUCUACUUAUUUAACUAUUAUUGAUAAGGGAUCUAUAUCAAAUAAAUACCCCUUGAAAGUUUCCUUAACAGGGACUCCACAAGAUAUGCCAACAGAAAUUAAUAAUACUAAUGGCAUCGUUGAAAUAGUUAUGACUGACUAUGUUAAUAAUACUGAAGAUAACUCAGAAUUGAUUAAUAAUUCUGACACUUCUGACAAUCACAAUAAAGAAAAAACUAAAAAAUCAACAAAAAAUAUUAAAAAGUCUCAAAAGACUACUACACGUAGCCAGAAAAAA